GAGUUUGCCGUCCCAGAUUUCCGCACGUCCCACUUGGAAGUCAGCCAGGGGAGCCAACUUCUGCAGCAGCAGCAGCAGCUCCGCCGUCGCCCGUCUUUGCUGUCCGAAUUUCAUCCUGGCUCGGACCGGCCUCAGGAGAGGAGGUCUGCCUACGAGGCCCAGUUCCACCCUGGCCCGUCCCAAGGCGAUCAUGACGGCCUGGAUUCCAAGCGGCCACGCCUGGAUCAAGUUUCCGACCCGCAUUACCAACGGGUCGGCGCGACGUCGGUCCUGCCCUUGGCCCACCAGCUGCAGGAAGGACUGCGAUCCUCAGACUUAAAGAAGGAGCCGGUCUUCGGAGGCAAGCAUGAAGGCCCCCCCUCGCCCCUGUCGAGCCAGUCGUGCGGGGAGGAUCAGAAUGCCUCUCCCUCCAAGCUGUCGAAGGAAGAGCUGAUCCAGAGCAUGGACCGGGUGGACCGGGAGAUCGCCAAAGUGGAGCAGCAGAUCCUCAAACUGAGGAAAAAGCAGCAACAGCUCGAGGAAGAAGCCGCCAAACCGCCUGAACCGGAGAAGCCCGUCUCCCCGCCGCCGGUGGAGCAGAAACAUCGCAGCAUCGUCCAGAUUAUCUACGAUGAGAAUCGGGUAACUGCAGAAAGAACAACUAAGAUGAUUAAAGGCCUGGGUGAUAAAGUACAGGUACCUCUUUACAACCAGCCUUCCGACACAAAAGUGUACCAUGAAAACAUCAAAACGGAGCAGAAGAUCUGCCAGCGCUACGACCAACUGAUGGAGGCCUGGGAGAAGAAGGUGGACCGGAUCGAGAACAACCCCCGCCGGAAGGCCAAGGAAAGCAAAACCCGGGAAUAUUACGAGAAGCAGUUCCCGGAGAUCCGGAAGCAGCGGGAACAGCAGGAGAGAUUCCAACGGGUGGGUCAAAGAGGAACCGGCCUUUCGGCCACCAUCGCUCGGAGCGAGCACGAAAUCUCGGAGAUCAUCGACGGGCUGUCGGAACAGGAGAACAAUGAGAAGCAAAUGCGCCAGCUGUCCGUCAUCCCUCCCAUGAUGUUCGAUGCCGAACAGCGUCGCGUGAAGUUCAUCAACAUGAACGGGCUGAUGGAGGACCCCAUGAAGGUCUACAAGGAUCGGCAGUUCAUGAACGUCUGGACCGAUCACGAGAAGGAGAUCUUUAAAGAAAAAUUUGUCCAGCAUCCUAAGAAUUUUGGCCUCAUUGCUUCGUAUUUGGAAAGAAAGAACGUGCCCGACUGCGUCCUGUAUUAUUACCUGACUAAGAAAAACGAAAACUACAAGGCCCUGGUGCGACGGAAUUACGGCAAGCGGCGAGGGAGAAACCAGCAACAGAUCUCUCGUCCUUCUCAAGACGAAAAAGUCGAAGAAAAAAUAGAGGAGGAGAAAGCGGAGAAAACUGAGAAAAAGGAGGAGGAGAAAAGAGAUGAGGAGGAAAAAGACGAGAAAGAAGAAUCCAAGGAAAAUAUCAAGGAGAAGGAGAAGGUCGAAGCCCAGCCCGAAGAGCCCGAAGAACGGGAGACCACCAUUCCAAGAGGGCGGAAGACUGCCAACAGCCAAGGCCGGCGGAAAGGCCGGGUCACCCGAUCGAUGACGAACGAAGCCGCCGCGGCUAACGCGGCCGCAGCGGCCGCCACCGAGGAACCACCCCCUCCGCUGCCGCCCCCGCCGGAACCCUCUUCCGCGGAGCCAGUGGAGACCUCGCGCUGGACGGAAGAAGAGAUGGAGGUGGCGAAAAAAGCCCUCCCUGGCGGGUGUGGGAAGGCAGGCGAGGACCAAGGCUUUCUGGCCCAGAGAGAAUUAGGUUAUGUCAGCUGGGGAGACAGCAUGAUCCUGCAGAUAAGCCCUGGGUGCUGUUGGGUCAGAGGGCUGGCGACUUCUCGAAGGCCGCGCGAGGAACGGGAAGUUUCGCAGUGCGAGAGCGUGGCGUCCACCGUCUCUGCGCAGGAGGACGAGGACAUUGAAGCCUCCAACGAGGAGGAGAACCCCGAAGACAGCGAAGGUGCCGAAAACAGCUCCGACACGGAGAGUGCCCCGUCUCCUUCUCCGACCGAGACUUCCAAACCUUCAGAGGAUAUCCCUCUGGACAGCAGCUCUUCCCGGAUGACCGCCGAGGCGGGGGCUGAACAGGACUCUGCCAUGAACCCAGCCCCCAGCCCCGCCUCGCCUCCCUCGGCGACCCAGGCGACGAAGCCGUCCGAGAGCGAAGUGGCCGAGCUGCAGGUGAAAAUCGAGGCCAAGUCCGAAGUGGAGGAACUGAUGGAGACGGAGAGCAGGAUCCCCAUGGUGGACAUCAAGCCCGUCCUCAACCUGGCUGCCGGCCCCAAAGUGGAGCCCAUCGAGGUGGACACCAAACCCCCGCUUGACAUUCAAGUCAAGGUCGAGAACGAGGUCAAGGAGAGGGACGAGGACGGGCCGAAGGAGAAGCUGGAGCCGGACGGGGAGGAUUUCGGCUUGACCCACCAGCCUGGCGCUCAGAGGAUGGAGCCCAGCUCGGACAACGACAACGACAACGACUCCAGUGCCACUUGCAGCGCCGACGAAGAAGUGGACGGGGAGCCCGAGAGGCAGAGUGGCUACACCCUCCUCCAUCAGCACAUCAAGGCUAUGCACAAGUCCAGCAUCCUGGAAGAACAGCAACGCCAGAGACAAGAGCAGAUGGAGGUGGAUUUCCGGAGGUCCUCCAGUCCCUGCGGAUCUUCAAAGAGCCCGAACGUCGAGUGGGACGGCAAGACCGUGGCCUACAUGCCUUACUCCGAGGUCAAGCGGGCCAUGGAUCAGGAAGCCCAGAUGCAAAACGCAGCGGCCCGCGCGGGCUCCCCCUACCGCCUGUCUCCCCGGGAGAUGAACAAGGCUUCUCCCCAGCCGGAGAUGAACGCCACCCGCUACAGUGUCCCACCAGUCCUCCAGCCAGCUCCCCAUCAAGUCAUCACGAAUCUCCCGGAAGGGGUCCGGCCCCCACCCACCCGGCCCACCCGGCCGCCCCCACCGCUGAUCCCCUCCUCCAAGACGGUGGUGCCUUCAGAGAAGCCCUCCUUCAUCAUGGGAGGCUCCAUUUCACAAGGAACACCGGGCACUUACCUGUCCCACAGCCAGAGCUCUUACGGUCAGGAGCCAGCCAAGCCACCUGGAGGCUCCAUCUCGCUCGGCUUGCCAAGACAGCAGGAUUCCAAGUCAGUUUCCCUGCCUUACAUCAAGCAAGAGGAAUUUUCACCCCGGAGCCAAAACUCGCAGCCCGAAGGCCUGUUGGUAAGAGCUCAGCACGAAGGAGUCGUUCGAGGUACAACCACCAUCCAGGAAGGAAGCAUCACCCGAGGGACCCCCACCAGCAAACUUUCCAUGGAAGCGAUGCCUGCUUUGCGCGGCUCCAUCACUCAGGGAACCCCGGCCUUGUCCCAGCCUGGAAUUGCAGCGGACGUUCUGCUCAAAGGCACCAUCACCCGUCUGGCUACGGAGGACAGCAGUCCAGAGAAGAGCCGAGAAGAGAUGGCCACCUCCAAAGGCCACGUCAUUUACGAAGGGAAGAGCGGCCACAUCAUUACCUACGAUGCCAUCAAGAACGUCCGGGAAGGAACGCGGAGCCCAAGGACCGCUCACGACAUGGGCCUCAAACGGACCUAUGAAGCCAUGGAAGGAAACAUCAAGCAGGCAAUGUCAAUGAGAGAAUCUCCCGUCUCGACGCCUUUAGAAGGCUUAAUCUGCCGGGCUGUGCCUCAAGGCAGCCCCCACUCCGACAUGAAGGAGAGGACUGUGUUGGCGGGCUCAAUCAUGCAAGGCACCCCGCGAUCGACUGCCGAGAGCUACGACAUCGGGCUGAAAUACCCGAAGAUCAAGAGGGAGUCUCCCCCCAUGAGGACCUUUGAGGGAGCCAUCACCAAGGGCAAGCCCUACGACGCAGUCACCACCAUCAAGGAGAUGGGGCGCUCCGUCCACGAAAUCCCCCGGCAGGACCUGUUGAAUCAAGAAAGCCAGAAGGCCCCCGACCUCGUCCCUCACGUCCGCCCCAUCAUCGAAGGAUCCAUCUCCCAGGGGACGCCCAUCAAAUACGAGAGCAGCUCCUGCCAGUCGGCCAUCAAGCACAACGUCAAGUCCCUGAUCACCGGGCCCAGCAAACUCUCGCGAGGCCUCCCGCCCAUGGAGAUGGUCCCCGAGAACAUGAAGAUGGUGGAACGCGGGAAGCACGAAGACCCCAAGGCUGGAGAGAUCCGCUCUCGCCACACCUCGGUGGUCAGCUCGGGGCCCUCCGUCCUGCGGUCCACGCUCCACGAGGCUCCCAAGUCCCAAGUCAGUCCCGGGAUCUACGAGGACCCCAACGCCAGGAGGACCCCGGUGGGCUAUCAAAGCCUGUCCAGAAGUUCACCCAUGAUGAACCGCGGUGAAGGCAGCCUUUCCUCAGCGAAGCCUAUGAAUCACGAGAGGAAGUCCACCUUGACGCCAACGCAAAGGGAGAGCGUCCCGGCCAAAUCUCCGGUCCCGGGGGUCGACCCGGUGGUCACGCACAGCCCCUUCGACCCCCACCACCGAGGGGCUGCCCCUGAGGUCUACAGGAGCCAUCUUUCUCCUCACCUGGACCCCACCAUACAGUUCCACAGAGCCUUGGAUCCCGCGACCGCCUACAUGUUCCAGCGGCAGCUCUCGCCCACCCCCGGCUACCCCAGCCAAUACCAGCUUUACGCCAUGGAGAACACGCGGCAGACCAUCCUCAACGACUACAUCACCUCCCAGCAGAUGCAGGUCAACUUGCGGCCGGACAUUGCGCGAGGACUGUCCCCACGGGAGCAGACCUUGGCUCUUCCUUACGCAGGUGCCCGAGGAAUCAUCGACCUGAACAGCAUGGCGCCCACCAUCUUGGUGCCCCACCCCGGAGGGCCGAGUACGCCCCCGAUGGAGAGGAUCACCUACAUUCCGGGCACUCAGCUGGCGUUCCCCACCAGGCCUUACAACCCACCUUCCAUGUCUCCAGGGCACCCGUCUCACCUGCCGGCCUCCGUGGUUGCCAGUGCAGAGAGGGAGAGGGAGAAAGAACGAGAGCGAGAACGAGAGCGGGAGAGAAUCUCGUCCACCCCCACGGACCUCUACCUUCGCCCAGGUGCCGAGCAGCCGGGGAAAGGAGGCAGCCACGGCUACGUCCGCUCGCCGUCGCCCUCCGUCCGGAGCCAGGAGUCCAUCCUCCAGCAACGGCCCAGCAUCUUUCAGGGGUCCAACGGGACCAGCGUCAUCACCCCGCUGGACCCCGCCGCCCAGCUGCGCAUCAUGCAGCUGCCCCCUGGCGCGCCCUCCAUCACCCAAGGCCUGCCAGCCUCGCGCUACAGCACCGCAGCCGACGCCCUGGCGGCCCUGGUGGACGCAGCCGCCUCCGCCCCGCAGAUGGAGGUGGCCAAGGCCAAGGAGGGCAAACACGAGGGGGGCCGGAUAGAGGAGAAUCUGGGGCGCAGGGCCACGGUGGUGAGCGAGCAGCUGCCGCCGCAGCCAAUGGAGCCGAAAGGGCUGGACGGGGAGAGGAGGGGAGCCCCGGGUCCCUACACCUCAUCGGCCUCGGCGGUGUUCUCCAGCGCCAAAUCCCAGAAUCUGCCUUCUUCGGCCGUCUACUCUGAGGCCGGGAAAGACAAAGGGCCCCCCUCCAUCUCUAAGUACGAGGAGGAGCUGCGCACCCGGGGCAAAACCACCAUCACGGCCGCCAACUUCAUCGACGUGAUCAUCACCCGGCAGAUCGCCUCCGACAAGGACGCCCGCGAUCGCAGCUCGCAGAGCUCGGAUUCUUCCGGCAGCC